CUACACUCUGCAUCAGAUAACCAGCUUGAAGAUCACAGAAAUCACGCUAACUAAUCCCUGAGCAAAGAAACAAAGAGAAAUCAUCAUGCCAACCAGUGUGUGUGGAACAUGGGACAUGAUCAGCAAUGUCAACUUUGAUGGCUACAUGAAAGCACUUGGUAUCAGUGUUCAUUUGAGAAAAAUUGCCCUGAGGCUAAAGCUGAAGAAGGUUAUUGAGCAGCAGGGAGACCAGUACAUUGUUAAAACUGUCAGCACCUUCAGAAACUACACCAUAUCCUUCAAAAUCGGCCAUGAGUUUGAGGAGUUUACAAAGGGACUGGACAACAGACACAUCAAGUCCACAGUGACAUGGCAGGGAAAUAAGCUGACAUGUGAGCAGACUGGAGAGAAGAAGAACAGAGGCUGGGCUCACUGGGUUGAAGGUGACAAGCUCCACCUGGAGCUGUACUGUGAUGGACAGAUCUGCAAGCAGGUGUUUAAGAAGAAUGUUAAUGAGUGAAGAGG